AGAGCCCAAACUCCGCUUCACUUCCAAACACACACACAUUGAGUGAGCGGGGGGCAGAGAGAGAGAGAGAGAGAGAGCGAGGAGACCACCAUGGACUGGAUCGGGACACGAGAGGAGCGCGGCUGAGGAGAGGACAGCCUGCCUUGCGUGGAUUUUUUUUUUUUGGGGGGGGGUGCAGGCUCGUGGAUUUAACCCAAUGGGAGAUUUAAACCCCGCGAUGGAAUAUUUGCACUCUUGUCAUUUUGCGAUCCUCCUCCUCCUCCUCUUCCUCCUCCUCCAGCAGCAGCAGCAGCGAGGAUGCCAAGCGGCGAUGCGUCUUUUGCGCACUUCCAGCGACACUGACAGCGCCCGUGCUCCGCCAGCUCUUUUAAAGCCUUGAGAAAAAGUGGAGGAAAAAGCCCAGAGAAAAAAAGAGAGGGGAGGCGUGAAUCGGAUUGAACGCGCUGCCGCUUUUAUGCUUGUCGCCUAGGGCCCGGAUGUACCGAGGGAUGCACCGGUGCGUUUUCCCGACCGGUUCCGCCGACAGAUCCCUCUUUUUUCUCGCCUUCACCUCCAUCAUGGGGAUUAGGUAAUAUUCACUCCAUCCGAAGACACCCCUCCCCGCUGAGCGAGCAACGGGAAUAUCCACAAGCUGUCAGACUCAUUAUCCCCCCACCUUUUUUUCUUUUUCUUUAAUUCAUUUCUUUGUUUUUGGAGGGGGGCCAUUCCCCCCCUCUUCAACCCAUUCACACGUAGGGAGAACGCUGGACUACAUUUAUGGUAAAUGAAAGCAAAAACAUGUACAUCCCGGAGGACACCCUUGAGAACCAUCAAGGCUCCGACUACUCCCCCCCUCCUCCCGUCCCUCACCCCCCUGCCCCCGCCCUGACCAACGAGCACCCCGGCGGCAAGCAUGAUGGCGGCGGGGUCAACCACGGCGUGGUGGGAGUGGUGGGCCUGGCACCGGAGCACAUGGCCACGCCGGGCGCCGCCCUGAGCUGGCAGGCGGCCAUCGACGCAGCCCGCCAGGCCAAGAUGAUGGGCAACGCGGCCUCGGGCGGCGCGGUGGGGCUGGCGGCGGGAGGGGGCGGGCCCAUCUCCACGGCCAGCUCCACACAACGCAAGCGGCAACACUACAGCGCCAAGCCCAAGAAGCCCACCACCACAACAGCCACGCGGCCCCCUCGGGCGUUGCUCUGCCUCACGCUCAAGAACCCUAUUCGUCGGGCCUGCAUCAGCAUCGUGGAGUGGAAACCCUUCGAGAUCAUCAUCCUGAUGACCAUUUUCGCCAACUGUGUGGCCUUAGCCGUCUACAUCCCCUUCCCUGAGGACGACUCCAACGCCACCAACUCCAAUCUGGAGCGUGUGGAGUAUCUGUUCCUCAUCAUCUUCACCGUGGAGGCGUUCCUCAAGGUGAUAGCCUACGGCCUGCUCUUCCACCCAAAUGCCUACCUGAGGAACGGCUGGAAUCUGCUCGACUUCAUCAUCGUCGUUGUGGGGUUAUUCAGCGCAAUCUUGGAGCAGGCCACCAAGGGCGACGGAGCAGCUCCAAUCGGAGGAAAGGCGGCCGGCUUCGACGUCAAAGCUCUUCGGGCGUUCCGAGUAUUGCGACCGCUCCGACUGGUCUCCGGAGUACCCAGUUUACAGGUAGUGUUGAACUCCAUCAUUAAAGCCAUGGUCCCUCUGCUCCACAUCGCCCUGCUGGUCCUCUUCGUCAUCAUUAUCUACGCCAUCAUCGGCCUGGAGCUCUUCAUGGGCAAGAUGCACAAGACCUGCUAUCACGAGCACAUAGCCACGUUAGCUGAGGAAAAACCGGCGCCGUGCGCGCCCAACUGGGCGUACGGGCGACACUGUCAUGUCAACGGGACCGAGUGCAGAAUGGGCUGGGAGGGUCCCAACGAUGGCAUCACCAACUUCGACAACUUUGCCUUUGCCAUGUUGACCGUGUUCCAGUGCAUCACCAUGGAGGGCUGGACGGACGUGCUGUAUUGGAUGCAGGAUGCUAUGGGCUAUGAGCUGCCGUGGGUCUAUUUUGUCUCUCUCGUCAUCUUCGGCUCCUUUUUCGUCCUCAAUCUUGUUCUGGGGGUGUUGAGUGGAGAGUUUUCCAAGGAGAGGGAAAAGGCCAAAGCCCGUGGCGACUUCCAGAAACUCAGAGAAAAACAGCAGCUGGAGGAGGAUCUCAAGGGCUACUUAGACUGGAUCACUCAGGCUGAAGACAUCGACCCAGAGAACGAAGAGGAGGGUCUGGAUGAUGAUAAACCAAGAAAUUUGAGCAUGCCAGCCAGUGAGAACGAAUCGGUCAACACGGACAACGCGCCCGGAGGCGACGUUGAAGGCGAAACCUGCUGUACCCGGCUAGCAAAUAGGAUCUCCAAAUCCAAGUUCAGUCGCUAUUCUCGAAGAUGGAAUCGGCUGUGCAGGCGCAAGUGUCGUGCGGCGGUCAAAUCGCAGGUUUUCUAUUGGCUGGUCAUCUUCCUGGUUUUCCUCAACACUCUGACCAUCGCCUCGGAACAUCACCAGCAGCCUCAGUGGUUAACAGACAUACAAGACAUAGCCAACAAGGUGUUAUUAGCACUCUUCACUGGUGAAAUGCUGUUGAAGAUGUACAGUCUGGGCCUUCAGGCGUACUUCGUGUCGCUCUUCAACCGCUUCGACAGCUUUGUCGUCUGCGGAGGGAUCCUGGAGACCAUCCUGGUGGAAACCAAGAUCAUGUCGCCUCUUGGCAUCUCUGUGCUGCGUUGUGUACGCUUGCUAAGGAUCUUCAAAAUAACUAGAUACUGGAACUCUCUCUCCAACUUGGUGGCCUCCUUGCUGAACUCUGUCCGCUCCAUCGCCUCCCUGCUGCUCCUGCUCUUCCUCUUCAUCAUCAUCUUCUCCCUGCUGGGCAUGCAGCUUUUUGGCGGCAAGUUCAACUUCGAGGAAACCCGACGGAGCACUUUUGACAAUUUCCCCCAGUCGCUGUUGACAGUCUUCCAGAUCUUAACCGGAGAAGACUGGAACUCUGUGAUGUAUGACGGAAUCAUGGCGUAUGGUGGACCCUCAUUCCCCGGCAUGCUGGUCUGCAUUUACUUCAUCAUCUUAUUCAUUUGCGGAAACUAUAUACUACUGAACGUCUUCUUGGCUAUCGCCGUUGACAAUCUGGCCGAUGCUGAGAGCUUGACGUCCGCCCAGAAGGAGGAAGAGGAGGAGAAAGAGAGGAAAAAACUGGCCAGGCUGAGCACUCCUGACAAGCGGCAAAACAACGAGAAGCCACCACUGGAAGAGGAGAAGAGAGAGAAGAUUGAGCUCAAAUCCAUCAAUUCUGACGGAGAAACCAACACAUCCACAAAAAUCAACAUGGACGAUUACUGUGGCGACGAAAGUGAAGAGAAGAAUCCGUACCCUGCUAAUGAUUACUUAGGCGACGAAGAUGACGAGGAGCCCGAUGUGCCGGUGGGUCCGAGGCCGCGACCGCUCUCCGACAUCCAGCUGAAGGAGAAGGCGGUUCCCAUGCCGAAAGCCCGGGCCUUCUUUAUCUUCAGCCACACCAACAAAUUCAGGGUCCUGUGCCAUAAAAUCGUCAACCACAACAUCUUCACCAACCUCAUCCUCUUCUUCAUCCUGCUCAGUAGUAUUAGUCUUGCAGCGGAGGAUCCGGUUAAGAAUGACUCCUUCAGAAAUGAGAUCCUGGGUUAUGCAGACCACGUCUUCACGGGGCUUUUCACCAUUGAGAUCAUCCUCAAGAUGACGGCCUACGGAGCCUUCCUCCACAAAGGCUCGUUCUGCAGGAACUAUUUCAACAUUCUUGACCUUGUGGUGGUCAGCGUUUCUCUCAUUUCUUCUGGGAUCCAGUCCAGCGCAAUCAAUGUGGUGAAGAUCCUGCGAGUUCUUCGAGUGCUCCGACCUCUGCGGGCCAUCAACAGAGCCAAAGGCCUGAAGCAUGUGGUGCAGUGCGUUUUUGUGGCCAUCAGGACCAUCGGCAACAUCGUCAUCGUCACCACGUUGCUCCAGUUCAUGUUCGCCUGCAUCGGAGUGCAGCUUUUCAAGGGCAAGUUCUUCUUCUGCUCAGACAGUUCAAAACAAACAAAGGCAGAGUGCAGAGGCUCGUACAUCAAGUACAAAGAUGGCGACGUGGCCAAGCCCGAAAGAGCUCUGAGACUUUGGGAGAACAGCGAGUUUAACUUUGACGACGUGCUGCAAGGCAUGAUGGCUCUGUUCGCCGUGUCCACUUUUGAGGGCUGGCCGGGGCUCCUGUACAAGGCCAUCGACUCUCACACCGAGGACGUGGGGCCUAUCUACAACUACCGCGUGGUCAUUUCCAUCUUUUUCAUCAUUUACAUUAUCAUCAUCGCCUUCUUCAUGAUGAACAUCUUCGUGGGUUUCGUCAUCGUCACCUUCCAGGAGCAGGGAGAGCAGGAGUAUAAGAACUGCGAGCUGGACAAGAAUCAGCGUCAGUGCGUCGAGUAUGCGCUCAAGGCCCGCCCCCUGCGCCGAUACAUCCCUAAGAACCCGUACCAGUAUAAGGUGUGGUAUGUGGUCAACUCCACAUACUUUGAGUACCUGAUGUUCACGCUCAUCCUUCUCAACACCAUCUGUCUGGCCAUGCAGCAUCAUGGUCAGACAAAGAACUUCAACGAUGCCAUGAACAUCCUCAACAUGCUCUUCACUGGGCUUUUCACUGUGGAGAUGAUCCUCAAGUUGAUCGCCUUUAAGCCCAGGCAUUAUUUUAUUGAUGCAUGGAACACGUUUGAUGCCUUGAUAGUUGUGGGUAGCUGUGUUGACAUAGCGAUCACUGAGGUUAACGGGCUGCAGAACUCUGAAGAGAGCGCCCGCAUCUCCAUCACCUUUUUCCGGCUUUUCCGUGUCAUGCGGUUGGUGAAGCUGCUCUCCCGUGGGGAAGGAAUCCGGACACUACUAUGGACUUUCAUCAAGUCCUUCCAGGCUCUACCUUACGUCGCAUUGCUCAUCGUGAUGCUCUUCUUCAUAUACGCCGUCAUUGGCAUGCAGAUGUUUGGCAAGAUAGCGCUGCGGGACUACACGCAGAUCAACAGGAACAACAAUUUCCAGACGUUCCCCCAGGCAGUGUUGCUGCUUUUCAGAUGUGCGACGGGUGAGGCGUGGCAGGAGAUCAUGCUGGCGUGCUCGCCCAAUCGGCCGUGCGAGAAAGGCUCCACCAAUGAAAACAUCACCAUCCAUGAAGACUGCGGGAGCCAGUUUGCAAUCAUCUACUUUGUCAGCUUCUACAUGCUCUGUGCCUUUCUGAUCAUCAAUCUGUUCGUGGCUGUCAUUAUGGACAACUUUGACUACCUGACUCGGGAUUGGUCCAUCCUGGGGCCGCAUCAUCUCGAUGAGUUCAAGAGGAUCUGGGCAGAGUACGACCCUGAAGCCAAGGGGAGGAUCAAGCAUCUGGAUGUUGUGACCCUGCUCCGAAGAAUCCAGCCUCCGCUCGGCUUCGGAAAGCUCUGUCCUCACCGGGUCGCCUGCAAGCGUCUGGUAUCCAUGAACAUGCCCCUGAACAGUGACGGAACUGUCAUGUUCAACGCCACGCUGUUUGCGCUGGUUAGAACCGCACUGAGGAUCAAGACAGAAGGUAACUUGGAGCAGGCCAACGAGGAACUGAGGGCUAUCGUGAAGAAGAUCUGGAAGAGAACCAGCAUGAAACUCUUGGAUCAAGUGGUGCCUCCUGCUGGUGAUGACGAGGUGACCGUCGGAAAGUUCUACGCCACCUUCCUUAUUCAGGAGUAUUUCCGCAAGUUCAAGAAGAGGAAAGAACAAGGGCUGGUGGCCAAAGUGCCCCCCAAAACCGCCCUUUCUCUGCAGGCGGGCCUGCGGACGUUGCAUGACAUCGGUCCGGAGAUUAGGAGGGCCAUCUCCGGAGACUUGACGGUGGAGGAGGAGGUAGACAAAGGCCUGAAGGAGCCAGUGUCAGCUGCGUCCGAGGACGAUAUCUUCAGGCGGUCGGGCGGUUUGUUUGGCAACCACGUCAACUACUACAAUCAGAGCGACGGCCGCGCCUCCUUCCCGCAGUCGUUCACCACCCAGCGUCCAUUGCACAUCAGCCAGAAGGGCUCCCCGUGCGAAGGCGAGAGCCCGUCUCAUGAAAAGCUCGUGGACUCCACCACCUUCACGCCGUCCUCGUACUCCUCGUCGGGCUCCAACGCCAACAUCAACAACGCCAACAACACUGGCAUGGUGGGCGUGGCCCCGCAGGGUGGCGGCCGCUUCCCCAGCCCAUCCAUCAGUACGGUGGACGGCCACACGGGACAGCCGCUCACGCCCAUCCUGCUGCCCAGAUCGGCCUGGUGCUUCCCUCCGAAAAGCUCCGACUCGAGCGACAGCCGCCUGCCGAUCAUCCGCCGAGGGGAAGGGUCCACGGAGGAGACGUACGAUGAGAGCGAGUUCCACGAGGACGACCAUUCACUCUCGUCCGACAUGCUGGUGUACCACGAUGACACCUGCAAGCAAUUGACUCCCAUGGAGGAAGGAGACGAUGCGGAGGAGAGAAGAGGAGGGGGAGGGUGGCAAUCUCCCAGAAGAGUCUUCCUCUGCCCAACCUCUUUAGGGCGGAGAUCAUCUUUCCAUUUAGAGUGCUUGAGGAGGCAAUCGAGACCAGACGUAUCGCAGAAGACGGCUGUGCCGCUACACCUCGUCCAUCAUCAGGCGCUAGCGGUGGCUGGGCUGAGUCCAUUGAUAAGGAGGAGCCACUCGCCCACCCUUUUCAGUCGACUGUGCUCCACGCCUCCAGCCAGUCCCACAGGGCAAGGCAGGGACGCCUCGUUUCAGCGAGUACCCUCGUUGAGGUUAGAGGGCUCCAACUCCCACGAAAAGCUAAACACCAGCUUGCCCUCGGUCAACUGCGGGCCCUGGUAUAGCGACAGUAAUGGGAACAGUCGGGUACCCAGUCCUAACCCAGCCUCUGGUAUGCCGACGACCAAUCAGAGAGCACCGCGGCCCGCAUCGCUUACGGUGCCUUCGGUAAUGGGUCACGACUCCAGCUCGCUGUCUCACGGCAGCGCGGGAAGUCUGGUGGAGGCGGUUCUAAUAUCGGAAGGGUUGGGUCAGUUCGCGCAAGACCCCUCCUUCAUCGAGGCCACCAAGGCUGAACUGGCCGACGCCUGCGACAUGACCAUCGAAGAGAUGGAGCACGCGGCCAGCAACAUCCUCAAUGGCAACACGGCCGCCGCCGCGCCGGAGCCCCCCGCCGCCUCGCAGCACAGUCCCAACGGAAACCUCCCGCCCUUCCACAGAGACCGAGGGACGGACGAGGGCGGAGAGACCGGUGGGAGCAGAGGCUCCGUCCACGGGCCGUCCUCUUCGGAAGAGCGGCAGGAGCUGCUGGCGGGGAUACGGGGACACGAGGAAGAGGAGGAGGAGGAGGAGGAAGAGGAAGAGCUCUGCUCGAGGGAGGACGAACACCACAGAAGCUCCGUUGUAACAGGAGGAGCGCGGCAGAGGACCAGCGUACUGCCGGAGGACGAGGACAUGGAGUGCGUGACCAGCUUGUAGGACCUCCGAUUGAUGGCUGUGUUAGUCCCCGCCCCCUUUCACACACACAGUCAGCCUCUCCUUGGCCAGAGGAAACGGCUCCGAACGAUGGCGGCCAUGACGCCACAAAUGCUUUGUACGUCUGAAUGUUUGUAGUAAAGUAUAUCACACUAUACUCUAUAUUAUCAGAGUGUACGCUUGUGUGCGUGUUUUUCCCCUCUCUUUGUACGCACAUUUGUGUGAGAGUGCGUGUGUCUCUAAAGUGCCUCACAGUUUUCUCACGUCCUCAAAGUGUGACGAGCAAAACGUUUCCGUGUCGCGGGUGAGCGGGGACGCCGCGUGCCAAGACGGAGCUCCUCCUCCUCCUCCUGGGUUCACUCGGGGUGAAGCGCUGUAUCGUCAAAAAAAAAAGGGGAAAGGCAAGGCGUCCUCCUCUUCCAAAGGAACACCCCUUCCGCUGCGGGGUGCGAGGGAUGGACCGGCACCCGACAAAAUGGUGGAUGGACUGGCCGUUCAGCUCUAUCGGGUUUUCUUUACCACUCCCUGUACCAACAGGAAAGGCGACAAGGAGCGACCGAGCAGAAAUGCGGACAGCCUUUGUUUUUCCGCAUCAUACCUCGCCUUCCAUACUUCCUCCGAUAUUUUCUUUUGAGCUGUUCAGGUCGCAAGGAGCUGAACGAUACAAGCGAGCACUUCCUCCUCCGCUCUGUAUGUUGAAAGCGGGAGGCCAUUUUGUUUUUUCAUUUAUCCUUGAUUCGUUUUCACAAUCGGGGUGCUGGUCUUUCACAACGUACAUUUAGGAGAAUUUUAAGCGAUUUUAAGUAAUCAAGCAGGGCGUAGACUUUUAUUUUGAGGGGUGCGUGUCUGCGUCGGUACGAUUGUGUGCGUGAAGAGGGGGUCAUUCAAUCAGUAUGCACCUUUUACAGAUUGUAUCUAUUUAUUUAUUUAUUUUUCCCAGUAAGAGAAGUGCGAUUUUGUGUGUAUUUUGAGUGGUUACCUGCCGUAUGUUCUCUUAAAAGAAAAGCUGAUUUUUAAGCCUAGGCAGUAAUUUAAGGUAGCAUUACAAUGACGUGUAUGUGUGUGCGUGCGUGUGGUAAUGGGCCUCUUUACGACAGGGUUACCACAGACAGGCAUGCUUCCAAAGUUUCGUUAGCUGCAAGGACACAAAGAACUAGUUUUUUGUUAUGAGCCAUCAAAGAUUUGUUUUCCCCUGUUCCGAGGUAGACAGCUUUUUCUUGGUAAUUGUUCUUAAAAAAUGUGCAGCGAAAGGGCCGUAACACACUGUUAUCAUUAAUACAAGUCAUCAGAACUCUUAGGGCUGUGUUAAAAGAUGCUGCAAGAAUUUUAAAUCCUUCAUGAAAUGUUGAAAAAAAAAAAUUGGGGUGUAUUUUUGGUUACUUGGGCAGUUUUUAAUCUCAAAUUGGAGUUUGUAGCAAAAGGGACUUGUUUGGAAAAAAAGGGCAUUUAGAGUUUCUAUAAGAUUUUUAGCUCUAAAUCAGAAGAGGACAGCCUUUUAGCAUAAAUUAGCGAUGUGGCAAAAUGGUGUCUCCACAUUUAUUGUGGCCCUAAAUCUUAGUGCGCUGUGACUCACUGUUGCCUCUAGAGGAGACAAGCGGUUGACCCUGGAAACGAAGAUGGUAUUUGACCUAUUUCUUCACUCAUAGCAGAAGAUGGAUGCAGUAUUCAGUGCCACUUUAAGAUCACUUGAACCUGUGAGGACUCUGUUUGUGCGUCAGGAAAACACUCUUGUGACAUGAGAAUUAUGCAAACUCAAUGUGAAUGUGACGUUUUGCGCUUUUUGUUCAUUUGCGGCUUCGUCUGAAUGAAAGGAAGGUCCAUUUCACGUUUAAAAGAUACACUUUAUUUGAAAUGAGGAGCAAUGUUGAACGGUCCCCAGGUUUGACCCAGAGUAACCCUGUCCAGUAACACCAAGAUAUGCAAAAAAAAAAACAAAAAAAAUGCAAUAACUGUCCGCUGAGGUGUUUUUUUGUUUUGGUUUUUUUACCCCAUGCCAGAGAAACCUAACAUACUUGAAAUCAGGUGAGAUGUAGUUUAGUGUUGCAGACAUGUUUGAACUUUUUUUUUCUCUGUUGAAGCCUGAUGUGUUUUUGUUUCUCUGGUUGAUUGUCAGUGUAGCUGCUUUAAGGUUAGUGUACAUAAUGGAUAUUCUAAAUGAAGUGGUCAUUUUGCAUAUCUUGAAGAGGACAGCGGGUUUAUAAGGGCUCAUUUAAAGCCCCCUCCCAAGCGUAUAUUUGAAAAAGGAUUUAUUCUGAAGAUUUUUUUUUUUUUUUUUAAUUUUCAGGUCGAAAAAUGCAUGAUUUUCACCAAACUGAUUUACAGCCGUACAGUCAAUGACUGCCUAUGUCCACACCUAAAACCUAAAGGAUUGUAUUUUUUCAUACAGUAUACCUAAUUGAAAAAUCUAUACAGGUAGUCCCCGGGUUACGAUGUACAGGACUUGUGAUUUUGACUUUACGAUUGCAGAGUCUCAUCCACCAUUUUUUCUUUUUGUUUUUUUAGUCGCUUAAACAGUACUUAAUUGCAGUGUUUUUCAACCGGUGUGCCACGAGAAAUUAUCCAAUAUCGCUUUUUUUUGUUAACGUCGUCAAGCGGAAUUGCGAAAGGAAGGAAAGACUAGGUAGAAGGUUUCGGUUGUGCGGAAAUGAGCGAGGUAUUUCUCAUGUCGCGUUCAAGAACUGCUCGGAUUUCUAGCCACCUUGCUGUCCGCGACAAUUUGGACCCCAGCACGUCUACUGUAUAUCACUGGAUUAGACCAGUCAAGUGUCAAUAUACACAAAAGUGUCCUUUCCAUAUGUGAUGACCGUCAAUCCUCCUGCUGUGUUAUAUUCCAACACAUUCUCGGGGACAGCAAGGUGGCCGAUGGCUGGAAAUCGGAGCAGUUUUUGAAUGCGACACAAGCAACUCUCCAACAGCAUAGCUUAAACGUAGUCUCCAAACGAAACACCCGUCGCUUCAAAAACAAAUCGAUGGACUAUUUUGUUUGCCUUCGUGAAAACAGAGAAACAGGCAACUUUUUGAGAAAAACUACAAAGUAGAUUGAGAAGGCCAUCAAAGCCAGUUACCUUGUUGCUGAACUUGUUGCUAAAUUCAAAAAGUCGCACACUGUGGCAGAGAAAUUAAUACUACCUGCCUGCAAAGUAAUUGUCUGCGAUAUACUCAGCUCUGAUGCGGUUAAAGACAUUGCUAAAGUCCCCCUGUCUGAUAAGUCUGAGCUUUUCAAGCCUAACUGCGAUAAAUUAAAAAAAACAACAAAAAAAAACAGACAGAGCUGUUAAGGAAGAGCUUCGUGUGAGUCAAUUCCAGCCAGGAAAUGGCUGGUGAUGGCUUUGUCUUCAUUUAAACAGGCUCAAGUCACACUGAUUUAGAGUAUAUAUUGAGAAAUUAUUGGAUAAUUAUACUGUACAGGAAGUCAUUUUUGAACAUUUUUGGUUUGUGGUGUGCCGCGACAUUUUUUCCUAUUUAUAAACGUGCCGUGAUUCAAAAGGUUGGAAAACACUGCCUUAUUGUACCUCACAGUAUCUUGUUUUUACUUGAUUAAUAUGACGUGUUCUGUCCUGACUAAACGUGAAGUUGUUCAGCUUGACAGACCACAAACAAGGCAAUUGUGCUUUUUGAAGCUUUUUACCUACAUUUACACAAUCAGAUUUUGCAAAAGCUGUAACACGUAUAUGAAAACUUAUCUUCAAAACAAGCAUUUUAACAAGAAAACACCUGACGCAAAACAAUUGUUCAAACAUCCAUCUAAUCUGAUCAACAUGUAAAUUUAGUAGAUUAGCCUAAUUUGCCUAACAAAAGUCAGCUAUCUUAAAUGCUAAGUAUGGUAACAUAUUCACAAUUCUCAUAGCAAAUCGCUCACACAAAACUCCACAAACUGUAGCUCUAAACUUAAUUACAAAUGCAUAAACAAACAUAUAUUAGCUGAAACAACUUACAGCCUUAUGUUGGCCAAACCAGAGCGCAGCUGUAUCCUCCAUCAUUAAGCAAAAUACAAUACAUGUAGUCCCCAGGUUACGUACGAAUUCCAUUCCUACCCUGGCGACUUUACCCAAAUUUUAAAAUAACUGUCCAAAAAGUCCUAGUUAUUUUUGUUUAAUUAUAUAGGAUACACUGCCCUCUGGUGGCAGCGUUGGAUCUAUCUGGACUGUCACUUUGUAUGACUGAGAAGCAGACUCAGAUGUCUUGACAUGGAUAAAGGAUAGCUGCGCUCUGGUUUGGCCCACAUGAGGCUAUAAGUUGUUUCAGCUAAUAUAUGUUUGUGUAUGCAUUUGUACUUAAGUUUACCGCUACAGAAUGAGGAGUUAUGUGUGAGUUAUUUGCUAUUAAAAUUGUAAAUACUUUAGCUUUUAUAGCAUUUAAGCUAGCAGAUUUUUGUUAGGCAAAUUUUGCUAAUUUAAUCAACUAAAUUUAUAUAUUGAUCAGAUUAGUUGGACAUUUGAACACGAAUUGUUUUGUGUCAAGUGUUUUAUUGUUAAAAUGCUUGUCGUUUUGAACGUAAGUGUACAUAUGUGUGUUACAGCUUUGCAAAUUGUCAUAAGUGAAGGAAAUAAAAAGCUUCAAAGAGCACAAUUGCCUUGUUUGCCGUUUUUAAACGUGAACAACUUCACGUUUAGUGAGGACAGACCACGUCAGAUUUAAGUAAUUUAAGUAAAAUAACAAAAUAAGAUGGGGGUCUUGACUGCCUUUUUGUCUCCAAUGUCCCAAAGUCGAAAUCGCUUAAGUCGAGUGCGUCGUAACCAGGGGACUACCUGUACUUUUGGACUUUUUGGAUAGUUAUUUUGAGAUUUUGGUGUACUUAAAGGGUGAAUUCUGAUUUACGUGGAAAUUCGGGUUACGUCGCUAACGUAGGAAUGUAACACCUUCAUAACCCGGGUACUAUUUCUAAUCAACAGAAUGUUUAAAAAAUAGAGUUAAGGAAUGUAUUAAUGUUUUUUAUUGGAAUUUCCCAAUUGCAAUUUAUUUUCGAGACUAGAGAAAUAUUGUGUUUACGGAGGGAAGAAUCAAGUGUCAUUUCAUUCAUUUUUGUGCACGUGCUGGCAAUUCUCCGGUUUUGUAGCAGCUAGAGUCAUGGUCUGUGUCCUGGAGAAGGGAAGAAGCCCCAGAUUUUUCUUUUUGUUUUUAGUCUUACUGCUGCAAACGGAUGUUUAGGAAAAGCCAGGAUUGACUAUUUUGCAUAUUUCCCUCAAGCAUGGCCUCCAACCAUUUAAAGCCCAGAAAGAGGAGCGGUGUGUACAGAUAUUUUAUGGUAGAGGCUGGGAAAGUAUAUUCUAGAAUGCUAGUUUCUAUAGCAACUUUAUUCUAUUUUAGAUAUGAAAUGGAGAAAUACUAUAAGCGUCAAUGAAAAGUGGACGGUGCAAUGAAUAGAAGGCCUUGAGUUCUUAUUCCCUGAUAAGUUUCCUUUUGCGAGCGAGGUUUGACAGUGCAUGUGCAGGAUUGUAAAGGGAAGGAAAAGUGACCAAAGCUAAAGUAUCGAUCUUCAAAGUGAAUCCAGAUUAUCAGCAGUUGUUUUGUAGCAACUGAGGCUUUCUUACUACUAUUCGUUCAGCGUAGAUAAAAAGGAACUUCUUGGGAGUCGAAAAUAGGAGUCAAGACACACCAAGUCACCUUUUUAGCGUGCGCUUGUGUGCGUGCGUAUUUGUGUGCAGCUUUAAUGAGCCUUUACUGACAGGAAUGUUGACUUUUUGGGGGGUUUCGUUCCAAUCCUGGCAGAGGGCUCGCACAUGUUUUUCUGUUUUCAGGCUAAAUGGAGCCCUCUUUUUCACUCUGACCCUGGUAAAGUGUUUCAAACCCACACGCAGGGUUGUUUUUGUCUUCUCUGCAGCUGGAAAUCGAUAAGUGAGCCUCACAAUUAGAGAGCGUUUGAUCGCUGGCCAUGUAGGAUGACACAAGCCACAUCCCUUCGUUUGCGUGAGGGCUUCUCAUUGGCCGACAUCACUUGGUCACCUCGGUUACGGCUGCAUGAUCUCGCGCAUUCUUUUUCGGUUUCAUUUUAGACUUUAGAAAAGGGAAGGAAUAUACAAAUGAAAUCAGAAUAUUACUUCAAUCACUUUUUCUACUCCUAUUUUCCAUAAAAAAAGAAAAAAAAGUGACACUGAAAAAACACGAGAAAAAAAGUUGAUUUGUAAAUAAGUCGUGUACAGUUUGUAUCUGUAAGUCGUCAGUCUGUCAUUGGUGACAGAGUCUGUCUUGCUUAUAACGCACGCUAACAGUAAAUAAAAAAGGAAAAAGUAUAUUUAGACUGUAUGGUCCCUUGAAAGCAAGUUUUAAAUUAAUAUCUGAUGUAUAUUCCUGUAACAUUGCAUUUUUAUCUGAGAAUGAUGUUAUUAAA